CUUCCCCUCCCCACGCCCCGCCCCAUCAGCUGGGGGUGUGGCCCGGAAGAGCGGCGCCUGAGGGUCCUCCUGCCAUCGGUGCCUCCGCAGCAUGGCCGCCGUCCCGCCCGACUCUUGGCAGCCGCCCACCGUUUCUAUGGAGACCACGAUGGGCCCACUUGUCCUGGAACUGUACUGGCAACACGCCCCCCGCACCUGCAAGAACUUUGCUGAGCUGAGCCGCCGCGGGUACUACAACGGCACCAAGUUCCACCGCAUCAUCAAGGACUUUAUGGUGCAGGGAGGGGACCCCACGGGUACUGGCCGUGGUGGUGCCUCCAUCUAUGGGAAACAGUUUGAGGAUGAGCUGCACCCUGACCUGAAGUUCACUGGUGCUGGGAUCCUGGCAAUGGCCAAUGCAGGGCCAGACACCAAUGGAAGCCAGUUUUUCCUGACACUGGGCCCGGCACAGUGGCUGGAUGGGAAGCACAGCAUUUUUGGGAGGGUGUGCCAAGGAAUGGGGGUGCUGGGGCGCCUAGCCAUGGUGGAGACCAACUCCCAGGACCGACCCCUCGACGAUGUAAAGGUCAUCAAGGCGUAUCCCUCGGGAUAGGGGUGUGGGUGCCCUCCCUCCAAAUUGUACUGCUUGUUUGUAAUAAAGGAGGUUGCAUGUGG